AUGGAAGCGCGCGUACGAGGCCUUAUCGGCCAAGCACCAGACGACGACGGAGCUCUAGGAGCAAGUGCAACAAACGCGCGCGCUUCGCUCGAGAUCCAAGUCGACUUGUCGACGACAGCGUGCUUGGCGGCGCAGCAGUGCGCCGUGACGUACGAGCACACAAGCCAACAGCUCUUGGCGGCUAACCAGGCGCUCUUUCAGCAAGUCGCUGGCUUGCAGGCGGCGCUCCACGCGACGCAAGGUUAUGUCGUGCAACUGGCUGCAUCGCUUCAGCCCCAAGGCGCGCCGGCACCGCACUUUUUUGCUGCGCCGCAGCACAGCUCGGCGCCGGACCUCCGGCUCCAGCUCCGGCUCUCGCUACAGCUCCGGCCCCAGCGCCACCGCAAGCGGUACCUUCCGCGCCAACAUUGA